GACGCCCUGUUUGACGAGUUGACGGCCAGAGAGCACCUGAAGUUUUACGCCCGACUCAGGGGUGUUAAGGACGAGGAACUGGCUAUUGAGACGGUGCUCAGGCGAGUGGAGUUGACGGCGUUUGCUGACAAACUGACCCGCGAUUACAGCGGCGGUACGAAACGCAAACUCUCGGCCGCCAUCGCACUCAUAUCGGCCCCUCCUAUCGUAUUCAUGGACGAGCCCACGACGGGUAUGGAUCCAUACACCCGACGCUUUCUAUGGGACCUAAUCCUGGAACUCGUCCACAACGACAAGAUCUCAGUCAUAUUGACUUCGCACAGGUAUUACCCGAUUAGGACUUCCCAUAAGAACCUGUAUUACAAAGUGUUCCCCCCGUAUAGUAUGGAAGAGUGCGAAGCCCUGUGCAGUCGAGUGGCCAUUAUGGUGAACGGCCGGUUCACAUGUCUCGGCUCAAUACAGCACCUCAAGAAC